AUGCUCUUCUCCGCACUCCUCCUUGCUUCGACUGCAUCCGCAACAUGCCUUCACGGCCUGUCCAAGUUCAAGCGCGCAGAGACCGUUGAGGUAAACACCUUUGGUUAUGGGCCUAUGAACGGUCCAUUCAACUGGGCUUCGCUUGCUCCUGAGAACGAAGCCUGCAAGUCCGGCAAGAACCAGUCUCCUAUCAACGUCGAUGCCUCCAUCACCGCGGCACCUUCCAGGCCCACCCUCGACAUCCCCGCCGGCCCUGUGGUCUUUGAGAACCUCGGAACGACCAUUGAAGUUGUCGUCAACGGCACCACCAGCUAUGCUGGUACCAACUACCGCCUUGUCCAGUUCCACAUGCACGCGCCCUCUGAGCACCACGUCAACGAUGAAUUCUUCCCUCUUGAGAUUCACAUGGUCCACCAGGGUGUCGAUGAUGAGAGCCAGCUCGCCGUCAUUGCGCUCAUGUUUGAGGUCUCCGCCAACGACUCUGCUUCUAUGAUCCAGUCACUGUCGUCCUCCCUUUCCGCUAUCACCACACCUGGUACCAAGACCGACAUCUCCGACGGUAUCGACUUCACCGACGUCGUCUCCGUCCUUAAGACGUCCGAAAUCCAGACAUACAGUGGUUCCCUCACCACUCCUCCUUGCGCCGAGGGUGUAACUUUCCUCAUCGUCAAGGACCCUCUUCCCGUCAACGUCGAGGACUUCAACGCCAUCAAGAAGAUUGUCAAGUUCAACUCCCGUUUCAUCCAGAACGUUCUUGGCCAGAACAACAUGAUCGAGAUCGGUGCCCUUGCUGGUGGUAACACCUCGGCUGUCCCUGCCGCUAUCCCCGCCGCAGCUCCCAUGUCGAGGUCGAGCCUUGAGAUCUCCGCUGACUUGCCCCUUGUUAACGCAAAGGUUGGCGUCAACGCUGCUAUUGAGUCUCCCGCUCCUGUCCAGAGGCGCGUACGCAAGUACUAG